AUGGAACUACCCGAGGACGUGGUUCUAGCCGUGGCUGUGGGGCUAGACAGGCACAAGAACCAGUACGGGAACCGAGAGAGGAAAGAGGUGAAACAGUUGAGCCGCAACCUGGGCCCCGAGCGGAAGGGGGGAUCAGGUGGCAACGGUGAUUCAACAGAUGACAAAUAUCCUUACUCGACUGGUAGAGUGGCAGGGCAGGUGCAUUUAGCUGUAUUUCAGUUUGAAGGACCAGCUAGGGCCUGGUGGAACAUGAUUCGGGCUAAAUGGGAGAGAGAGGGAACUGCCUGGACCUGGUUAAAUUUCAUGCAGGAGUUUAACGAGAAAUAUCUGCCACCGAUAGUUCAGGAGAAGAGGGAGGAUGAGUUUAUUAAACUCCGUCAGGGAACUCUAAGUGUAUCUGAGUAUGAGACUUAG